GAUGUGAUGAGUUCAUGUGAGCAGGAAAGUCACUCGAGUUCAAGUUAUACUGUGAUUCUGAGUCCACCCCCUUCUGAAAGGCAGAGUCCAUGGCCAGCUGUGUUUCCUAUACCUGUUUUCUCGCAUAACACAGAACUCGCUUUAAGACAAGGCAAUGAGAUAUACUUAAGAGAAGGCACCCCUCUGACAUCCCCACGUGUUAAAUCGGACAUCUUGGAGCGCUUGGCAGAGACGAUGUUUGCUUACACAGCAUAUCCCAAUGAUGAACAAAGAUGUGCAGUUGCACAGGCACUGGUUGACAAGCAUCCAUGUUUGAAGGAACCUGGAUCUUUCAGUGGGAUGUAUGGAUGGCAGCAAAGUCUCAAAUAUAAAUGUGGAAAAUACCGGACCCAACGUAAAGCACUGGGAAGCCCUGAAUUGCUGAUCAAUUCUCUAAAACACAAGCUAGACGAUGGAAAAAAACCUGCCAAAAACAUAAAGAAACCAAAAAGGGCAGAAGUCAAUUACUUUCCUCCACACCAGCCUGGAGAGACAGAUGAGACCCUUGAAAACCUUAGACUUGAGCUGAUCACAGCCAGCAAGAGAAAGGACAAUGUGAAGACCAUAAAUGAUAUGAUGGCACAGACAUACAGCUUGAGAAGACAAGAAGUGGUUGCCCAAUCCCCAAUGGUGCCGGAGCUGAAAGAACGUUGGCCGGCUCUCUUUGAUCCAUUCCAAAUAAACGAAGAAUUUCGAAGAUGCACUGCCGUUCCGCUGGAACCAAAAUUUAUGUUUGAGCUGGAUCGACACAGCCCAAAGCUUAUGCAGAUAUUCAGCGAUAAAGGGGGAGCAGUUGGCCAGCGCAUCAAAAAUUUGAUGAUGGAACUCAUUCAGGACUCGGGUGUUUCUUCCUCAAAGAAGAGAGAUGUUACUCUAAAAUGCCUCACAGAGUACAUGGGAGAAAGUGUACAGGACUUGAUCACUGAUUUCCAUGGAGUUGCAGAAACUGACGUCCACAAGACAUUGGAGGCGGCAUCAAUGAUGAUCUACCAAUGCCAGGAACCAGAUGCUGUCGGAAUUGUGAUAGACGGAACUCCUGUUCUCACAGGGAUUGCAAGUAUUUCUAGAGCCUGCUGCUUGCUGAUUGGCACAAUUUAUGCCCUGAACCUGAAAUACCCAGCAAAACUCCCCAAAACCUUUGAGGUUUUCCAGAGACUCUUCCUUGGACUUGACACACUUCGACCAAAACCAAGCUCAAAGUUCAUCACUUUGAGGAACAAAUUAUUUUCCUAAGUUUGUUUUUCCAAACAGCUACAGAAUGUUCUGCAUUGUUGGGUAGUUUGAAUACAAAAACCUGUUCAAGGUGUUCAACACGAUUUUAUUGAUCUUUUUCGGGCAAGUUUUAAAAUGCCAUUAUCGAAGUAACCUGUUAAUUGCUGUUUGUAAAAAAUGACCACUGAUUACACUUUUAUUUGCUCUGUAACAUGUUUUUGAUCAGAAAAAAGGCUACCACUGUCAAGAUUUUGAUGGUCUUGUAUUUUAUGUUAAAAUUUUGAUAAUUUUGCUAUAAGACCAUAAGUUUAUUUUUGAUUUAACUUUGAUUUAUAUAUUGGUUUUUCUAUUUUUA